AUGGGCCCAGCACCACGGCUGUCGCCAUGGCUUGCACUGGCAUGUGCUGCAUCUACAGUAUGGGCCAAGGCCAGGCCAUUCAACAUCAAUGAUGACAUCCUAGCUUAUCCUCAGUAUCAAGUGACCUUCCCCGAAGACUACAUCCUCGAGAUGCAUGCCGAAGCACUACUGCAAUCCCAAAAUGGUCCCAAUACCCAAGACCAAAACAAUCCCCAAGUCUACAUGCGAAAAGACCAAACGGAUCCCACCGAACAGUCGGACGAAUCUCCCUACACAUAUGAAGAAAUGAUUUUGGAAGACAGACGACUCCUAUGUCAAAUCCCGCGCGUUCUCCCAGAUGAUCAUAAUGCGACGACCAAGGGAGAUAGCAAAUCCGAGCAGCAAAAGGAACUAGCUCGGGCGACGGACCGUGGUAUCGAAUUGCUCCGUGAGAUGGAGGGACAGUGCAUGUAUUACUUUUCAGGCUGGUGGUCCUACUCGUUCUGCUAUCAAAAGCAGAUCAAACAGUUCCAUGCUCUUCCCGCCGGUCGGGGGGUUCCUCACUAUCCGCCUAUCGAGGAUACUACGACACAUUCCUUCAUCCUGGGCAGAUUCAUUGACGACAAGGAAGAACGACCCAAGAAGUCCACCAAAACGGACGUGGCGGAGCUUCACACCAAAGGCGGUUCGCGGUACUUGGUCCAACACCUUCACGGCGGGACCAAGUGCGACCUGACAGGACGGGAGCGCAAGGUCGAGGUCCAAUUCCAUUGCCACCCGCAGUCGACAGAUCAUAUUGGGUGGAUCAAGGAGUUGACCACGUGCUCUUAUCUCAUGGUCAUCUACACGCCUCGUCUAUGUGACGACGUCGCUUUCCUACCACCCCAGCAAGAUGAGGUGCACAAUAUCGAAUGUCGCGAGAUUCUAAUGCCCGAAGAGAUUGCGGAGUGGGAAGCUAUCAAAGAGUGGUACACGACCAAUCAACUGGCCGAAGCCGCAGCUGAUGCUGACACUCAACCCGAACUGCCGAUCAUUGGGGGCAUUGCCGUUGGCGGCCGAAAGCUCGUUGGCAUGGAGGGCAAGGUCAUUGAGAAAGGACGGGUGGCUUCUACUGGCGAGGAGCGAGUGGACGUUGUUGCGAAACGAGUCAAUGGCGAGAUUGGCAAAAUGUCUAAACAAAUUGUCAAGAAAUAUGACCUUGACCCAGAGAAAGUCGAAGAGAUGAAGAAGCUACUGGAGGAACAAGCCGAGGGCAAAGAUUGGACGCUGGAAGUUGUGGAAAGCAACGGCGUGAUCAAAUUCCAAGGUGUGCUGGAUGACGAGGAAGACUCCCAUGAGGGUUCAUCCGAGCAGCAAGACACGGACAAGCCCCAGGCCAAGUCAGAUUCAAAAGCUCACACCUCAGAACGCAAGCCAGACGUCCAGGCUGAGCAAACGGAUCUGGCAGAAGAGCAAGGGAGCGAAGAAACGUUUAAAGACGAGUUAUGA